ACCCUCUCCUCGCUCUCCGUCUCCCUCUGCUCCCGCGGCCGCGUCCUCUGCUCCUUCAACGUUCCACCCCAUCUCACCGAUGAGCAAGGAAAUUGGCACGCUGGGGCGAUCGCUGCGUUGAUUGAUGAUGUUGGGGCUGCUGCGAUCAUGACGGUCGUUGGGCACAUCAAGAUCUCCGUUGACUUCUCCAUUUCCUAUUUCUCUCCUGCUGCGAAGGUCGAUGAGGAAGUGGAGAUUGAUGCGAGGUUGAUGGAGCAGGGGGAGAACGGAGAGGGAAAGCUGUCGGCGGUGCUUGUGGAGGUGAGGAGGAAGGAGGGAGGGAGGAUGGUGGCUUUAGGACGUCAAUGGAUGGCUUCAACUCGUCCAGACAAACACCGAAGGAGUAAUCUUUAACGAUACAAAUGAAUAAUAUUCUGCAUGUGACGGGGAUGCUUUGAUUCAUACAGAUAGGAUAGCUUUUUAGAUCAUGUUUGUUUUUGGGUGUGAGAUGAUCUGAUAUUGGUUUGUACUCUCAGAUUAUUAGAGAAGAUUAUCUGCUGAGAGAGAUUAUAUUCAAAGCUAUGAUAUUGAGAUAAAUGAAAUAUCUUUUCUUU